GUAUUACUGCACGGAUACCUUCAUGUUCAAAUCGUCCGCGCCAAAGAAUUACGAGACUUCGACUGUAUGAUCGGCUGUCGCAAAGCCAGUACUGCGUUGCGUUGUUGCGACAAUGUUAGCGACCCCUACGUCACUGUACACGCUGGAGAUCAUCGAUUGAUCAAGACCUCCGUUAUGACGAAUAGGUUGAACCCUCAUUGGAAGGAAAGUUUUGUUGUACCGAUCAGCCAUCAUGUGGAAGCACUCGAAUUUAGAGUAAAGGACUCGGACUUCAACGGUGCGAUGAAUCUUCUCGGGAAGACAUUUCUCUCUAUAAGUGAUAUACUUAAACUCAAUAAAGAGGGAAAACCUCGCAGGACAGGGAUUCACAAAGUCGUUCAUUUGGAUGGAAAACCUCGACAUGGGUCGUUUGAAUACUUUGUGGAGUACGUUCCAGCCGAAAUGAUGAAGGACGGCGUUGCAGUUCCGGGGACAUAUUUCAAACCUAAACAAGGAAACAAAGUCAAACUGUACAUAAAUGCUGACGACCGCGGUUCAGAAAAAGGAACUCCAGAAGUGACAUACGGUGCAAACAAUGACCAGGUGUGGAAACCAAAUCGUCUCUGGAAGGAUAUUUACGAAUCCAUUUGCCAAGCAAACGAAUUGAUCUAUAUUGCAGGAUGGGCCGUCGAUUACGAACAGAGUUUUCUACGAGGAGAGGAACGUGAGCAAGCAUUGGACAGUGACAAGUAUAGCCCAUACAUCGGGGAUCUCUUGAAGGCCAAAGCAGAGGAGGGCGUAACAGUAAACGUUCUUGUAUGGGACGACCAGACCUCAAAUGGAUUUAAUGGUGAAGGAAUGAUGGCCACGAAAGAUGAGGAGCUCCGACAGUUUUUCAAAGGAACAAAGGUCAACCUACACCUCGCACCCAUGUUAGGAGGUGAAUCCAAUCCAUACUUCGAACAAAUUCGAAAUUCGAUGUGCUUUACACAUCAUCAAAAGAUAGUCAUAUGCGACGAAAAAUCUGAGUUAGUGGGAUAUUUCUUUGCUGUAGGUGGGAUUGAUUUGACGUAUGGGCGAUUCGAUAACAGUGAAUAUUCCCUCUUUCGAACCUUAGCGUCUGACCACAAAGGAGACUUCCAUAAUGGAUGCCAUAUAUUGAAAUCUGGAGAUACACUUGGACCUCGCCAGCCUUGGCAUGACAUUCAUUUAUGCGUUAGAGGACCGGCUGCGCAGGAUCUAUUGCAAAAUUUUGAAGAGAGGUGGCGCCGUCAAGCUAUAUCAGAUGCCGAUCAGCUCGUUGACCGUGCAAAAAAAGAAAUUGUCGCCAAGUCGCUAGAUCAAGACCACGGUGGAGUGUGGAGUACGCAGCUUUUUCGGUCUAUUGACGCUCGUACGGCCAGCUUUGAUCCAGAAUUCGUCUCUGAUUCUGCCGAUGGCUUUGUUUUCCCUCGGACUUUGGACCAGAAAAAAGGCCGAGCAAUAGACCACAGUGCCCAUGAUGCUAUGGUGUAUCACAUUCGCAGAGCGCACCACACUGUUUACAUUGAAAGUCAAUACUUCUUAAGCAGUUCACACAUAUGGUCGGAAGACACUGCAACGAAGUGUUACAACCUAAUUGCAGCGGAGUUAACCUGGAAGAUCUGCCAAAAGAUAGAAGCUAGAGAGCGAUUUGCCGCAUACAUUGUAAUCCCUAUGUGGCCAGAAGGCGUUCCAGAAUCAGGAUCUGUCCAAGAAAUUCUGCGUUGGCAAAGGCUGACGAUUGAAAGUAUGUAUAGGCGUGUGUGUAAAGCUAUACAGCGACAGAAAGAUCUUGCGAGGCAGUCAGGAUCGCAGUUUGAUAUGGAAGCAACCGACUACUUAAAUUUUUACUGUCUUGCAAAUCGGGAGACCGAAGAUGGAAGUGAAGCCCAAGGGGUCCCAAGGCCGCAAUCAAUCGAAGAAACGCUAAGCAAGUCCCGCCGGCACUUAAUAUACGUGCAUUCUAAGUUGAUGAUUGUUGACGAUGCAGUAGCAUUGAUUGGUUCAGCCAAUAUUAACCAAAGGAGUCUCGAUGGAACGAGAGACAGUGAAAUUGUUCAAGGGGUAUGGCAGCCUGAUCAUUUGGCAACAAAUAAGAGUAUCGCCGUCGGCGAUAUUCAUGGAUUUCGCCUACACUGCUGGAGUCACCUGACGGGGAAAAUGGAGGACAUAUUCCGAGAUCCGUCAAAUUUGGAUUGCGUUCGUCGGCUGAAUACCAUUGCCAAAGAAAACUGGAAAAUAUUUUCGCAGGAACAAGUCGCGGAAAUGAAUUCGUAUCUGGUUUCCUACCCAAUUCGUGUUGAUGCGGACGGAAAGUUGUCAGGUAUCGAAGGCGAUGUAUUUCCUGAUACGAAGGCCCAAAUCCUGGGUUCGAAGUCCUUUCUACCUGAGUACUUGACAACAUAA